CAAGAGAAAUAGAGAACAUAUGUGUUAAACGACGUCGUAAUGCUUUUUCCUUUUGAUCUUCGAUGAGACGUUCGAGGUAGUUCGCAGUAGCAACGACUCUGCUCCCUCUGAAGUCUCAACCUCUCCGAGUCCAUAAAAGGGAUACAAUGGAUAGGAUAGCGAAUGUGUAUAUCUGGGACAUGGAUGAGACUCUUAUUUUGCUCAAAUCUUUAUUGAAUGGGACAUACGCCCAGCCCUUCAAUGGUUUGAAAGAUGUGAAGAAGGGUGUUGAGAUUGGGAAGAUGUGGGAGAACUAUAUUCUUCAAAUUUGUGAUGACUUCUUCUUUUAUGAGCAAAUUGAAAACUAUAAUAACCCUUCUCUUGAUUCCUUGAGCCAAUAUGAUGAUGGGCUAGAUCUCGCUAAUUAUGAUUUCAACCAAGAUGGAAUUAGUUCUCCGCAUGAUGAUCACAACAAAAGAAAACUAGCAUACAGACACCGAGUUAUAGCAAAUAGAUACAAACAGGGUUUGCAUGCAAUGUUCAAUCAACAGAUGUUAAACCAAUGGGAGGAAUUGUAUGAUUCUACAGAUGAAUAUACAGAUAAAUGGCUCUCCUCUGCACGGGCUUUCUUGGAGCACUGUUCAGAUGGGAGGGAUGACUUAAACCCUUCUCUUGUUUCUUCCAGUGGGAGUGAGAAACAUAAUGACACAGAGUUCCAGCACAUACAUGUUCUUGUAACUUCUGGAUCAUUGAUACCCAGCCUUGCAAAAUGCCUACUCUUUCAGCUUAACAAUGUAAUAACGCAUGGAAAUGUUUACAGCUCAUGGGAAGUGGGGAAACUCAAGUGUUUUCAAAUGAUCAAAGAACGGUUCACCAGUCCAAAUGUGCGCUUUUGUGUAAUUGGUGAUGGUUGGGAAGAGUGUGAAGCUGCAGAAACUAUGCGAUGGCCAUUUGUUAAGAUUGAUCCAAUCCCAGGCGGUAAUCACAGAUUUCCAGGCUUAACAUUGAGAAGUAUAGGCUACUAUGUUUCUGUCAUCUAUGGAAGUUCGGGCGCUGAAAAUGAUGAAGAGUAAAGUGACUGCUGCAAUAUCAAUAGCUAUAGUCCUCCCUUAACUUAUAAGAUUAUCUAUAUGAUCAUCCGAUCACUGUUUUGUAUAUGAAAAAUGCUUGCCCUGAUUGCUAUGACUAACGCUCAUCCAUGUAAAGAUGAAGGUCUAUGCUACUAUGGACCUCUCUGGAUAUGUUAACAUCUAGAACACUUUGGCUUCCCCCA